GGACACAGCCAAACUGGUUGGCAACACUGCUGGUGGUGUUUUCAUUUUGUUUUGGUUUGGUAAAGCUUUGAGUAUGCAUUUAGUUAAAAUAAGUUGCUUUAAAAUGUACAUUUAGGUAAUUUGUGGCUGUUUUACGCCGUAUUCUACCCUAUUUUGCAUAUAAACCCUAGAAUAAAGCACGUUGUGAUAAAUGAGCUGACGGUUUACAGGAAAACAUCAUUGUUUACAUCUUUCUUCGGAGUCGUCCUAUUGUGCGAAAUCAUCUUUUUUGUGCAUUAAUAUCAUACUUAAACGCAGUAGAAUUAAAACAUUUUACGAAUAAUAGGUAUUAUCGAUGCGUAUAAAUAGUAAGAGUAAUACCGAAGAGCCAUUAUGGAUGAAUCAACGGAAGAGUUGAAUUUAGUCGAAUUCAACAUCAUCGAUAACUUCAUUGGAUCCGCUGUGGAUGAUUUGAUGCUCAAGGAUAACGGCGCACAGUACGAUUACAAUACGCUUGCAAGCCUCCUGCAGCCGUUGUGCCGUUUCUGUGCCCGCGAAAAUGCCCAAAUGGUACACAUAUCCGACGUUCAUCUGCAGAUAAUCAAUGAUCUGCGAAUACCGGAAAACCAUGGAUCGAACGUAUGCACCAACAUCUGUGUCAGUUGCAACAGUUUCCUGGAGGAAUUUUGCAAAUUUCGUUCCGUGUGUGAAGAGGGACAAAAGCGCAUUGCACGCCUGCUGGCCGAACGACAUGCUAUGCCGAAUUUCAUGGGUCUCAAAAUGGAUUUUACCGUAUCGAAAAAAGACUUGCUCCCGGUUGUGAUGAUGGAAGAACAACGUACUGUUCCGAAGAUACUUAGCGCUAUACAAUCUUUACAACCGAACACUGUAGAAGCUGGAUUUUUGCAAUUGGUUGAGGAUACGAAUACGGAUUUGGAGCAUGCGGACAGCUGUGAAAGUUCGGAUUACACAGAUAGUAUUUUGGUCCUUACGCCAAUGGCUCCUUCCAUACAAACAGACAGACAGAUACAGGGAGGAAACGACAUGGAGCAGGGGAUUACUUUCGAUUCCACUCCCGAGGCAGAUGCCUGUGAUGAUGUGACUUACCCAUUCCAAGAAUGCAACUUUCUGCACCAAUGCGAACAACAGAAUUUUACAAUGUCUACAGAAAAUACGGAUCAACAGGCUUGCGUCAACGUCGACUCACAUUCGGAGAAUGGAGCUGUUUUUCCAACGAACGAAUCCGUAAUGAAAGAUUCGAAGAAAUCGGAAUCCCGUCGACGUGUAGUGGAUGGACGCUUGCAAUGGGUGUGUCUCGACUGUGAGCAGGUGUUUGCUAGCUGCUUUCAGUUAAAGAAACAUCGGAAAAAUUGUGAGCUGGUAGGAAGCAAAACAUCGAAACGGAUUGCAGCGCUAGUCUGUGAUGUCUGUGGAGAAACAAUGUCCACCGAAUCAGCGCUCACCAUGCACAGGCGCAAACACGAAGCGAAAGCAAACGGUCCCACCGUGAAGGCGGUUACGGUUGCUAAAUCAGAGCCUACUAUUUGCCACGUGUGUGGCCACACGAGCAAAUCGAGACGAGCGCUUCGACUGCACCUGAUCACCCACAGCAGCGAUAAGAACGUGGUGUGCCCGAUCUGUGCUAAACGGUUCAAGCGUCGGCGCGAUCUUCGCAUCCAUUUGGAUGUACAUUCCGGGAGAAAGUACGAGUGUGGUACAUGCGGCAAAAAGUUCUUAACUAAAGUGACGCUGCGGAACCACUCCAAAACGCAUCGUGAUAGUAAUCUGAAGCACGAAUGUACCGUCUGCGCGCGGCAGUUUGUUCAUCCGCAUCAGCUACAGAAGCACAUGGUGAUGCAUACGGACGAGUAUCCGUAUGUGUGCGACAUAUGUAAAACAGUGUUUCGUACUCUCGGACGCUACAAGCGUCAUAUACAGAAAGGACACGUGUUACCGACCAGUGCAAAGCUUGUCGACCAGGUUGAGCUGAACAGUAUGGACGAUCUGAUCGAGUAUCAACCGGAGGUAGUGCCUUGUGAAACGCUGGAUGACACCGUUUCGGGAGACGCAUUGGUGAUGGCUAAUCCUGUCUGUUAUACAUUACCGGAGAUAUUUGGCGGGUUUGCGUCGGAUUCGAUGCUCAACCAGGAUUCGACUGAGUUUGGAGUUCAAUAUUUUUCCGGUGCCACAUCGUCGGACGAUAGAAUUUACUAUUACGGACCAACUAUUUUCGAUACAAGUGUUGCGGUAACUAUAGGAUGACUUCGCCUUCAGAUUGGGUGUCGUAUAUACAUAUCGCCGUUUCGUAGCGGCCUUAAAGAAUCAAUGCGAAUAAAGCGACAUUUAAUUGUUGAUCGAGAAGAA